AUGAAUGAAUCACUAGUUACGACACUUGAAUGUUUGCCGCACGAGAUAUUCCUCGCGAUAUUUUCUUAUCUUGAUGGGUAUAGUAUUUAUCAGUCAUUCUAUGAACUCAACAAUCGACUUUCGGGAUUAGUACGUUCUACUAUGGGCAAAUAUCUUGAUUUACGAGAAAUAAAACGUCAUAAAUGUCAGCAGGUUCUUGCUUCCAUCGAUCAAUCACAAGUUACUGGACUUCUACUCUCAAAUAAAUACGAUGAUGAACUAGCUGAUCGGCUUCUAACAUGUAGUUUCCAUGGUUUGCGAUAUUUGACGUUGGACUGCGUCGGCGUAUUUACAGUUAGUGAUAUCAUUUAUAAUAAGCUUAUGCCAAAUUAUUUGGAGUCGCUUUCGAUUUGCUUUCGUUCGGAUCAAUGCCAUGAGAAAGUCUACGGGUUAUCGAUGGGAAUUCUCAAAAUUUGUUCGCGUGAUCUAAAGUCGUUGAGAUUUUUAAAUUUAUGCACAGACUUCAAUCAAGAAAUGGUAAAUCGAAAUGCAAGAAUUAAAAAUCAGAUAGACAAUGAUCUUUCAUGCCAAUGCUUUCAUUUGACAACUAUCUGUCUAAAUAAUUUGCAUUGGAUUUUAUCACAUCUUCCAUACUUACGAUCAUUAACAUUUAUUGCCACAUUAAACACAUGGACUGACAGUUAUCCACCAUUGCCACAUUUGCAUACGUGUAUAGCUACAUUUAUUAAAACAGACUUUGAUUUAGUAAAACGUUUUCUGGGUACAUAUUCAAAUCUUCAACGACUUGAAUUGGCCUUAACAUACGUCCAGCCGAACUCAAUCGAUGAUUAUCAAUGGCAAAGUAUAAUAGAACAAAGCUUACCAAAACUGAAGCAGUUCACUUUAGAAAUGUCAACGAAUGCCUUAGAGAAAUCAGUUGCCGAACGUUUAUGUACGGUCAGUUUUGAAAGAGAUUCGUUUUGGCAAAAACGAAAUACAAUCGUGACUAUUUGGCGAAAAAAUGUUUUGACGAAUCAAACUAUUGAAGUGGAUAUUCAAAUCGAAUUUGGAUAUACGAAGGCAAUAGUUAUAUCCGAAAUGGCGAGCUCAGACAACUAA